UUCCAGCUGCAGAUAGCCCAGAAGCUUGGUCUGACUCUAGCUUGGCAAGUCUUCCCUCUCUUAUGUUGCCUUUCUUCUGCAAUAAUCGAAGCUCCACCUUCCCUGUGCACCGCACCCUUCGGCCAAGCUCGCAGGACUCCCCAAGUCCACCUAAAUUAUUGGAUGUUGUUGCUCUUCCCAGCAAAAGAUCUCUGCUUUCUUCCAGUGUUUCCAGUGUCUGUCAAAUCAAAAUUAGGAUGAUUACUAACAAGAUGAAGGUGAUCUUUAUGCUGAUUUUGGCCUCUCUGUAUUCUUGCAUUCAAUCUGUUCGUGAAGGAGAAGUGCUUUAUAACAUAAAGGUGCAGCUUCAAGAUAUUGAUAACCGGCUUUCUGCUUGGGCCAUGAAUCAAGUUACUCCAUGCAUAUGGAACAAUGUGCAGUGUGACAGUGACAAUAAUGUCAUUCGAGUGAUGCUGCCUUCAAUGGGAUUCAAGGGAACCCUGUCGCCUAUAGUUGGAGAACUUGUAUAUCUUGAAGUAUUGGAGCUCUCGGGUAACAAUAUAACAGGUAAUAUUCCUGGAGAGCUAGGAAACCUAUCAAGGUUGACGAGCCUGAAAUUACAGAAUAAUCAGUUUACUGGAGAGAUACCAGCAUCCCUUGGCAGGCUUCCUAAACUAAAAUUUAUGGAUUUAAGUGAAAAUAAUUUAAAUGGAAAAAUUCCUGAUUCCUUGUCAUCCCUUGGAAGCUUGACUGACAUUAAUCUUGCUUACAACAAACUCACUGGUGGUGUACCCAAGCAGCUAUAUCAAGUGACCAAAUUCAAUUUUACAGGUAAUAAUCUUAGUUGCGGUGCACACUUCUUGAAUCAAUGUGAAUCCGACUUACUUAAUCAAGGAGGAUCUCAUAAUUCAAAGAGAACAUUGUUGCUCGGAGGUAUUGGAGGAGGCAUAGGGCUCGUAUUUGUGACUGUUAUAUUUCUUCUUUGGAGAAGCAGGAAGAAGGAUUAUCUACAUGAUUUGUUUGUUGAUGUUGCAGGUGAAGCAGACCACAAAAUCGAAUUUGGACAAUUGAAGAGGUUUUCAUGGAGGGAAUUACAAAUUGCAACUGGUGACUUCAACGAGAAAAAUGUUCUUGGACAGGGUGGUUUCGGCAAGGUAUUCGUAGGAGUACUUUCAGACGAUUCCAAAGUAGCCAUAAAACGGCUAACUGAUCAUGGAAAUCGUGCUGGGGAAGAUGCUUUUUUACGUGAAGUUGACCUAAUAAGUGUUGCUGUUCACAAAAAUCUUUUGCGGUUGAUUGGUUUCUGUACGACACCUACAGAACGACUUCUUGUUUAUCCUUAUAUGCAAAAUUUGAGCGUUGCCUAUCAGUUACGAGAACUUAAACCUGGUGAGCCAGUGUUAGAUUGGCCAAGAAGGAAACAAGUGGCUAUGGGCACAGCACAUGGACUGGAAUACCUUCAUGAACAUUGCAAUCCCAAGAUUAUACACCGUGAUGUAAAAGCUGCAAAUAUCUUGCUUGAUGAGAACUUUGAAGCGGUUGUCGGUGACUUUGGCUUGGCCAAGUUGGUGGAUGUGAGGAAGACUUCGGUGACAACUCGAGUUCGGGGGACGAUGGGCCACAUAGCACCCGAGUAUCUUUCCACUGGAAAGUCCUCAAACAAAACAGAUGUUUUUGGUUACGGAAUCAUGCUCCUUGAGCUUGUCACAGGGCAGCGUGCUAUAGAUAUUUCGCUAUUGGAUGGAGAUGUGUUAUUACUUGACAAAGUGAAAAAGCUUUGGCGGGAAAAUCAACUCGAACUCAUUAUUGACCCCAACCUAGACAGGAAUUACGACAUUCUGGAAGUCGAAAAGUUGUUCCAAAUUGCUCUUCUAUGCACACAAGCAUCACCGGAAGACCGUCCGAUCAUGUCAGAUGUAAUCCGGAUGCUAGAAGGUGAAGGCUUGACGGAGCGGUGGGAGCAGUUGCAACAAGUUGAGGUGACUCAAAAGCAGGACUACCAGAGGAUACAAAAGAGAUUGAAUUGGGACGACGACACAUCGUAUAACCAGGAAGCUAUCGAAUUGUCUGGUGCAAGAUGAUGUGUGGAGACCUGUAACUACUAGGGUUUCCGCCAUCUCCGGUGCAACUCCAUGCGGGGUAGACCUUCAAUUUGAACUGACAAAGGUAACACCACUAACUUUAAACCUUGGAUUUAACAUUUGCAUAUAAUAUGGGGCUUUUCCUUCAGUUGUUACAUUUUGUUGCAUUUUCUAUUACAAAGGGAAAAUAUGGAGUCAUUCAAGUGAUUGACUUCUGUUGCUUACUCCAAGAAAGUUUUAAGUUCUUUGGCAAGAGAAGUCACAUAGCAAAACACAGCUUAACCAGGAAAAGCAACACAUGAUGACAUAGAAUUAUAUUAGCAUCUCCAAGUCCCCCAUUACCUCCACAGUUCUUGGGAUGUAAUCAAUACUUGUCUCACGGCAGAUUAAGCUGUACUAACUGGAUCAUAAUAUUAAGAAACAUGUUGAAUA